UUUAAAGUAAUCCGAAGGGUCGGAAACUUCGCCUUCGAACUAGAACUUCCUCUUAAUAUAAAAGCUAUCCACCUAAUUAUUUCAAUCGUAUACCUCAAAUUAACCUUCCGUAAGGAAAACCCCUUCGGACGUAUUCCCCCGCCCCCGGGAUUAGUAGAGGAUUCCUAA